ACGAUUGCCAAUACUCAGUUGACGACUCGGCAGAGCUCCGUCCUUGUUCGCAGGAAGAGAAGAACAGUGUGAGUCCUGCAAAACAAGAUAGUGCUGUGAACACCUGUUUAUUUCCUGAUGCUGAGCCAAGCACCUCGUUUGGUUUGGAUAUUUUCUCCAACCUCGUGGCAUGGAGAGUGAAGGAUGAACCAUCAGAAGACGAGAGGGGGAAAUCAGUUGAAGAUUACUCCAAGCAAAAACUUGAAGUAAGAUCCCUGCUGUCCUGUAUAGGAAACAACAUUGUAGAACCGUUGGAAACUGGGCACUCCCAUAAAGGAAAAUGGCCGACAAAGAAAUGUGGAAGUUCAAAUUUGGAUGGAGGAAGUCCAUUUAAAAACAGGGAACCAUUCGCAGCACCGAUGACUACAUCCAAUAUUACACAGAACAGCCCCAGCUGUGAUAAAGCACAGGAAUACCAUGUCACCGAGGAGAUCCUAGUUGAGAGUGAAGUACAUGAAUCCAAUUACUUUGAGGAGCUCGAGCCUAGCGUCUACGAGAAGGCCUUAUAUCGUCUGGGAGUUCGAACGUCAGACGGCAAAGACAUCAUCUUUAUAGAUACAGAUAGACUUCCUAACAAAGAACAUUUCAAUAAGAAUAAGGAAGGAAAGAAGAAUUUCAAACAGGCCGUAAGAGAAUUAUGCGGGUACCUUGAAGUUUUUAUCUUAACUUACGUGGAGACGCAUAAUUUUGUGAUAGUCGUUCAUGGCGGAAGUAGUGAAAAGUGCGGUAUCAAGGACGGGCUCGGCAAACAGAUCUACCAGAAACUAAAGAAUGGGUUCCUCGACCGGAUGGCUAAAUGCAUCAUCUUCAAACCACAGAAGAAACUGAAGGCUCUCGGUUUAUUGCUCAGCCCAUUUCUCAAGAGAGAAAUGAGGCAAAGGAUUGUUAUGACAAAGUCCGAAAGGUACCUUAACGAUAUUCAAGGUAUUCCGGAUUUUGUCACCAAAUAUCUCUAAUUUUAAACUCAUGAUCCCUUCUUUUUAUUUAUUUAUUUAUUUGCUUUUCGAUUUUGCCAAUACUCAGUACUUUAUUUUAACAAUGGAUUCUGAAACUUGUUGUGAUUUUUUUGGACUACUAAAUUUUGAUGUUAUGUUGUAACUGAAUCCGGGAAAUUUUGUGUACAUAGCCAAUUAAUUUUAGUUUAACGUCGUAUAUUCGGUUGUUCAUACAAAGCUCUGAUGAACAACUAAGUAUUCAAAAGAUAUUUGUGAGGUUUUCUAUGUUAAACAUAGUAGAAUGAACACAAUUUUUAUUGAAAUGCUAAUUAUAUUAAUUAUUUAUUUCAAGAGAGCUCUAUUUCUGCACAGAAGCUUGUAAUUUUUUUUAAGUUCAGUUGUAAAUUUAUUUUUCUGUACAUAAGCUUUUACGUUUUUAGCCAAGCUGCAUAGAUGACAUCCAGAACAUUUCUUCAGUAACGUGACGCCAGGUGUAUUUAUUUGGAUAAGGAUUGGGUGGAGGUUUGCAUCAAGGAUAAGGGUAACAGCUAGUUCAUGAAGCAUUAAAAGCAGCUCCCAACUAUGUACAGGUAUAAUGAAUAGCUGAGAGACUUAGUGGCCUCAUGGUUGGUACACUCGACCCCAGAUUUAAGUUCAGUUGUAAACUCCUUUUUCUGUACAUAAGCUUUUACGUUUUUAGCCAAGCUGCAAAGAUAACACCCAGGACAUUUCUUCAUUAACGUGACGUCAUCAGUAACGUGACGUCAUUUGAUCCGUGUUCUAACCAUCGACAUAUUGAACAUUCCGGAAGCGAUUUUUUUUCCUACAAAGUGUUGUACGUUUGUAAUCCUACGAGUUUAAGAAAAAAGAAAAAUACAAAAACAGAAAACAAACAAAGAACAACAAGAAAACAAAAAAAGUCUCUCAGACCUUAAAUAAAUAGUGCUAAGAGCACAUGUUAAUUCAAAACAAAAGAUGUUAAAAGAAUAAAAAAAUAAUGGCUUAAGACACAAGAAGGAAAAAAAAAGAAA